AUGGAGCGGGGCAAGGGGGACAAUGACAGGCCCUGCUGCGGCGUUGCCCUGAGGGAAGCCGCUGCUGCUGCUCUUGCUGCUGCCAGUGGUAGUGCUUCUCGUGACGGUGGUGCUGCUGGUGGUGCUGGUGGUGGUGGCGCAAUCUGGGUCGAGACGGAGGAGGAGGAGGAGGAGGAGGAGGAGGAGGAGGAGGAGGAGGAGGAGGAGGAGGAGGAGGAGGAGGAGGAGGAGGAGGAGGAGGAGGAGGAGGAGGAGGAGGAGGAGGAGGAGGAGGAGGAAGGGAAGGAAGAAGAGGACGAAGCGGAUGGCCCUGACAGUGCGGAGGAGAGAGCAGGCGCGGCUGCACCGGAUGAGUAA